AUGAGCACUGUACUACUUUGGCUGGCCCUCAUAUCCCACAUCAUCAUCACCAUUGGAGGGAAUGUGCUGGUGUGUUUGGCCGUGGGUCUGAGCCGGCAGCUGUGGCGCAUCAGCAACUGCUUUGUGGUGUCUCUUGCCAUCACAGACCUCCUCCUGGGCGUGUUGGUGCUGCCCUUGUCUGCCAGUGUGGAGCUACGCAAGGGCUGGUGGUCUCUCGGCGGCGUGCUUUGUAAUCUGUACAUCUCUUUGGACAUCAUGUUAUGUACGUCCUCUAUUUUGACUCUUAUGGCCAUCAGUGUGGACCGCUACCUGGCAAUCUCGGCCCCUCUCAGCUAUGCCCGCAGAAUGACCACAGUCAGAGUGAUUGGCGCCACUGGAGCGAUAUGGGCCUGUUCACUUACUGUGGCCUUCCUUCCUCUUCGCAUGGGAUGGAACACAGCAGACUACAAUGUCCACUAUAUGGACUGGGCCGUGGGAGACCAGGACCGUGAUGGCCGGUACUGUCUGUAUGAGUGGAAGAACAGCUAUGUGAUUGUGUAUACCACUGGAACAUUUUAUCUGCCCCUGCUGCUCAUGACGGGGAUGUACCUGUGCAUAUUCAGAGUCGCUCGGGAACAGGUGCGUCGUAUUCGAGCUGCUACUCCAUCCUUUGCACGCUCCGCUUCCACUGUAGCCAUAUCCAAAGAGCACAAGGCCACAGACUAUCAGUGGCAGAUCAUCAGUUGUGAGAUUUCUUUGCACAAUGGACCACUCCCCUCAUUAGCUGAAGCCCUUUGCGGACACACUCUGGUGAAAGACCUUCUUCUGGACCCUCUCCUUCUCUACCUCAGGAUGGCCGGCUGCACAGCACGCUGCAAACAAGGCAUCACCAAGCUGCUGCAGUCACUACAAAGAUUAGUCUUUGGGACCCUCACAAAAGGAAGAGGAAUCAACAAGGAUAUUACUCUAGGUUGUUUGGCGCAGGCCGGUUUCCACAGAGACAACAUGGGUGCAGUGGUGGGCACUUUGACCAUGCAAACCAAACAGAGGAGACCAUCUCGAGCUAAGUGGAUACUGGACGAAAGAGGUGCUUCAAUCCAGAACCUGCUGGUCUGUCUUUCUAAUGACUCGCUGCUCUUUUGCCCUGGAGAUUCCCGCUCAUCGCUCUUCUCUCUGCAGGGAGUUCAGGCCCUGGACUCCUCCAGAUCCGGCUCCUGCUGA